CGCAGAUGGAGAGGAUGCCUAUGCCAUGAGAAGGGAUCUGGGGGACUUUAUGGAUCAGUUGAAGAAGGUCCAUGAUGGAAAUGCAGUCACUAAUUCAGCAGUAGCCACCACAUCAUGACCCUCCUAACUGACAACAUCAGAAGCAUCACAACGCAGCCAAGACUAUGUUUAAAUAUUGAUAGUCUGUACUCGAAAUGCCGCAUGAAUAUGCAACUUUGUGCACAUUGUGAAGAUUGGAACGACACACAUUUUCAGUCCAGAUUUGCACUGAAGAAAAUUGUCGUUGCCAACAGUACAACUAGGUCAUACUCACUCACACAUUUUCAAAAGAAACACAGAAAUUGACUGUUUCACAGGUUUUAUUUCGUACACUCACAUUUACAAAGAAGCACAGAAACUGACUGUUACACUGCUUUUAUUGAGUACUACCUGUUUUUGCAUAGAAAUUUUCUAAACUGCAUGUUAGUUUUUGCCAAAAUGCAAUUGGGCAUAUAAUGAAAAGAAGAAGAGAAGAUAGAACUUUCACUACAUUUAGUUGUGCAUGUGAUUUUUUUAUGCAUUUUUUUUUUCAUAUUGACCCAAAAUGUAUUUCGAGUCCUAGUAUUAUAUUGUUACCAUAUGGUUUUGGGGUAUGUAAUGAAACUGACUGAAUGAAACUUGAACUUCUUCUUCAACAGAGUUUCUACAGGAAUCACUGUAGUGUCAGUGUGGUUGAAAAAUAAUAGCCAGACAUAUACAGAAUUAAAGGUUUGUAGAUCAUGUCUGUAUUGAAAGAUAUAAUUUGUUUGGUAUGACAAGAAACCAUAAACAUAUUUUGCGGAGGGCCUUGAUAGUUAAGAGUUAUUUUCCGAAUUAAUUUCAGUUUCUCUAUGUGUAUCGCAUGAUGAGUAACAAAAUCAGAAUAAGACAUGUACUGCAAUAACUUCAAAAUGCCUUUUGUAUCCAUCAUUGUCUUGUUAACAUUACUUCUUUUCCUUGAAAUGUUUAUUAUUAUUUCCAUGUUACAAAAUACAAUAUGCGGUC